AUGCAAGCAACGACGGCAUCAGGUGGUGUAGUGGGCGAUGUUCACCUCAAAAUGGAUGAUCGUGCCUACCGCGUUCGUGUUCAUCAAGGCAAUGAAAACAAAUACUUAGCUACUGGCUGGGAAGUUGCCGAUGAUGCCAGUUUUCAGGCUGCGAUUCAAAAGAUUAAGGCUUCUGGUACAGCUGUUGAAGUCUUGCCUCUGGCCGAUGCCCUUGCUUUGGGCUUUCAAGCUGUUGCACGUUUCCAAGAUCCUGCUGCCAAUACGCACGAAUUAGUGUGGGGCUACCGCACAACCUUUGAUCGCUUUAUUUCUCCAGUGGGCGUGAAAAAAUUUAUUACCGAUCCGAUGGGCAUGGGGCAUGUGGUGUUACCCGCACCCAAUUUCGAUGAAACGUGGAAAUUUUUAAAUGAAGUCUUAGGGUUUGAAUUGGCUGAUAUUUUCCGCAUGAAAUUUACGCCAGACCCAGCAGAACCUGAAAAACGUAUUUAUUUCCUACACUGUGGCAAUGCACGUCACCACAGCCUAGCGAUUUUUGAGAUGGGCAAUCCUGCGGGUUGUGUUCAUGCCAUGGUUGAAGUUGAAGAUAUGGAUGAAGUCGGUCGCGCCUAUGAUCGGAUGCUACACAACAACGUGAAACUGAUGGCAACCCUUGGUCGCCACGUCAACGAUCGCAUGACCUCUUUUUAUAUGGACUCACCAUCUGGCUUUGCCAUCGAGUUCGGUUUUGGCGGCUUGCAAGUGGACUGGGAUGAGCACUUAGUCUUUGAAACGACUAAAGUUUCACUCUGGGGACACGAUUUUUCAGUAGGUUUCAAAUAA